CACAUAAAUACAUACGUCAACUAUGUUCAAUAACAGUGACUUUGAAAAUAAAGUGAACUAUUAAAGAUGAAUUGUCACCCAAAGUAAAUAAGUUAAUUAGUACCUACAUGAGCAGAUAUUCAGACAAUGCCAAGAUAUACAAACUUAUCAUAUUGUUUUAUGAACUUUGUCAAACAAACUAUAAAAUUAUAAUUAAUACUUCUAGUAAGGGUCUAGUGACGUGAUUCAAGGAAGAGCAGAGAUUGGUUCCUCUAGGAAAGUAUCGAAAAAAUGAAUACGAUCACAUUUCAUUGUUAAACACACUGGGAAUCGGGAAUCAUUGUGGAGAUGGAUCCAGAGAAGGAUGUAGACGUUAGAAGUGAAGAACAAAAAUAUUUAAUGGAUGAUGGAGUUUUCAUAAUAUCCAAAAAUGAACGAAAUGACGUUACCAUCACGUGGCGAGACACUUUGAAACAGAUUUUAGCAUGCUGUAUAGCAAAUACCAUAGUUAUUCAGGCUGGAGUUAAUAUGGCCUUCAGCGCAGUUUUACUUCCACAGUUGAAUGGGACCAAGAGUGAUAUAAAUAUAUCCAAAUCACAAUCCUCCUGGAUAGNAAGUAUCGUAGCAAUAGCAUUGCCGCUAGGAGCUUUGGUAGUUGGACCAUUGAUGGACAGAUAUGGUAGAAAAAAAGUGUGUUUCCUAGCAAGCAUCCCUUUCACAGUUGCGUGGGUAUUACAAUACUACGCAAACUCCGUUUGGCACAUAUACUUGGCGAGAAUUAUAUCAGGAUUUAGUGCAGGAUUAACUACAGUAUCUUUGGUUUAUGUUAGUGAAAUCUCCCAUCCUGAAAUGAGACCGAUGUUAUUGAAUUUGAAUAGCGUUUUCGUUGCCUUUGGAAUACUUUUAACGUGCCUUUUUGGAUUAUGGUUCAACUGGAGAACAAUGUCUUUUCUUUAUUUUUGUUUUGUCGUGUUGAUAUCAGCUCUUAUUUUGAUCAUUCCUGAAAGUCCUCAUUGGCUGACAGUUUUCAAGAACGAUCCCCAAGGUACAGCGAACUCAUUAACUUGGAUCUACAGUAAUAAUUUGGUAUUUGAACAUGAAUUUCAAAGAAUUUCUAGCACGAAGAAACAUACAACUGAGAACAAAUCUGUUUUUCGUAGAAUAAAAAGCGACCUGAACAUGUGUAUGGAGCCAAUAGUGUAUAAACCUCUCAUCAUAUUACUGAUCAUAUUCAUUUUCCAACAACUGUCUGGCGCAUAUGCUAUUGUCUUUUAUGCUGUAGAUCUAUUUCGUGAAAUCGGAGGUCGUUUUCGAAAUAGUCUGAACGAAUAUGUAGCAUUGGCUGUUUUGGGAACAAUAAGAUUUGUAAUGUCUAUCAUAUCAGCCCUGAUUUCAAAGAAAGUGGGAAGGAGACCUCUGAUGUUCAUAUCUGCCCUAGGAAUGAGUGUUACAAGUCUAGUAGCUGGCUUGUACAUGUGCUUGACGUUGGUGCCAAAGGACGUCUAUGAAGAAAUGAAUAUUACAAAAGAUCUUUCCCAUAAAAACGUAACUUUGUAUUGCAUAUUAGGUUAUGUAUGUUUUAGUUCACUGGGAUAUUUCGUGAUUCCUUGGACUUUAAUCGGGGAAUUGCUCCCAGUGAAAGCUAGGGGAAAGUUAGGGGGUUUAAUUGUGUCACUAGCUUAUGUUAUGAUGUUCGUGAUGCUCAAAAUAUUUCCAUUUUUGUUAGAUAUUAUUAGUCUAGAUUAUUUAUUCUAUAUUAUGUCCGUCAUUAAUUUGUUCGGAUUUGCAUUUUUGUAUAUAUUUUUGCCAGAAACGUUGGGAAAAACGUUUUCUGACAUAGAAAAAUUCUUCACUAGAGAUUAAAGAAAUAGUUACGUUUAA